AAACUCGUACAGAAAUUAAAUUUGGGCAUUUCUUUGGCGGCACUUGCUUCAGCCAUAUUCCCAUCUUUCCCAAUUCACCACAAUGGCUGAGGAGCAGAAGAAGAAGGAAGAACCAAAUCAAAACGCGUUGGAGAACGCGGCCACUGAAUACGGCUUAGAGGAUCACGAGGCAACUCAGCAGGAUCCACGGGUCAACGAAUUGCGACGCGCCGAUUCGCAUCAUGCCAGCAAAACUCAAGCAAAUCAACAACCGAAAUCGCCACAAGCAAAAUCGCCACCUGGAACGGAGAAGGUUUCCGAAGACAGAGCAUCCAAUGCGGCGACUCGUUAUGGCUUGGAGGAUCAUAAGGCCAAUACGGAAGAUCCACGAGUUAAUCAAAUACGACAGCCCAAGAGACAGACGGAAAUUACUCCAAUUCCCGUCAGCAAUGAGAAUCCACCGGAGGGACAACCCACCACUGCUGCCAAGCUGCGAUCAUCGUUAAAGCGCGUCUCCACUGGACCAACUCCGCCGCCUCCUCCACCGCCACCACCACCGACAUCUAGAACACCCUACGAGACACCGUCCGACUCGACUGGAACACCAGUACAACCACGAACACCAGCAAUACCACCACCGGCACCAGUCGACGGUCACACCACACAGGACAAACAAAAAAAGUCAAACCGUGUCAAUAAGUUCACCAAUACGGAUGUAAGCUUCGAUCCAUCAAAGGAGUAUGCGAGCAAGACAACAAACACUGCCGGUCAAAUGUACUCGGAGGAGGAGGAGAGCAGUGCCGCUGCACCACCGCCAAAACCACCUGUUCCCACGGAAUUGAACCUGGAUGAUUGUUUUGCCUUUGCUGUUGCGUUGGUCAUGAGAGCGGGUGCAUUUGCACUUAGUUCCAACAAAGCCAAGCAGAGACUAUCGUAUACCACGAAGGAUCAUGAGCACGAUCUGAACACACGCACCGACAAUGAGGUGGAGGCAAUGCUAGUCAGUGAAAUAACAGCUAAAUAUCCUACUCACAAGAUUAUUGCUGAGGAGGCAAUUUCCAGCUCGGAAACUGGUCAGGUAAAAUUAAUCGAUGAUCCCACUUGGAUUAUUGAUCCCAUUGAUGGCACCAUGAAUUUCGUUCAUCAUUUUCCCUAUUACUGCAUCUCUGUGGCGCUUUUGGUAAAGAAGGAUACGGCUUUUGGCAUAGUGUAUAAUCCUCCAUUAAAUGAAUUAUACACGGCGCGAAAGGGACAGGGUGCCAAGUUAAAUGACGAACCGAUGACUACUAGCGGCCAGGAGGAUCUCAAAAGUGCAAUGAUCCUACAGGAGUACAGCUCCGGCAUGAAUGAUGCACGGACCACUGCAGCCAUGGAGAAUGCCAAUCGUCUUAUCAAGAAGACUCACGCUUUACGUUCAAUUGGUUCCUCGGCCAUGGGACUGGCAAUGGUCGCCUCGGGCGUAGCAGAUGGAUUUUACUUCUUUGGUCUGCACGUCUGGGAUAUGGCUGCUGGCAAUUUACUGGUCACUGAGGCGGGCGGCACUGUAAUGGAUCCCGCAGGAGGUGAAGUGGAUAUUAUGUCGCGACGUGUUUUAGCUGCGGCUACGCGAACACUGGCCUUUCAGCUAUCCGCGGAGCUCACACAAAACUAUCCCAAGCCGAGAGAUGAUGAGCCAAGAUCAAUUGCACCUAUUCCAGACCCUACCAAAAAGGAUUUCAAUGCCCAGACAGAAUUUUCAGACUCCACUCUGUCGCUUAGUUCAUCGGAAACUUCAAGACAUUCAGUAAACAGAAAUUUAAAUUGAUAGUCCAUAAGCCAGUAGCACGCCAGAAAUUGUUAUUCAUUUGAAAAUGCUUCAAUAAAAAUUUUAGUACGAGAA